AAGUUCAAACUCCACCUACUACACUCUGGUUGGACGACAGUCGGUCAAACAGUCGCUGAAACCGCGGUAUCCACGCUUGAGCGUAGUUCACAAUAUUCUAUAGUAGUAUCGAUUUUCGUGAACAAACCUAGAGUUUGUUUUAAAAAAGGUCGAAAAAUAGCCAGAUAUUUUAAAAAAACAAAAAAAACACCAGAAAAACCCAUAGGUAGAUGACUAAAGUUUGUAGUCCUUGUUUACCUGUCGACCUGACGAAGGUCGGACUCUCGUCCACUGAUAAGCUAUCAAUUCAAAUUUCCAGACCACGUAGGAAUCUACACAGGUAAGACCUUUUUGUACCAAAUGACGACAAACUAAAAUUGUACAUUGUAUUGUCAAUUCAUUAAAACUGAAGAUUAUAUUACAUAGGCAGUAUUAUAUUUAUUUGGGGUUUUUCUACCAAUAACACGCAUAUAUUUGAAUAUCUAUAGGAAUUUAAUCAGGUUCUCAGAUCAACAAAGCUACAACACGUACUUGAAACUCUGUUAUCACGGACACCCCGAUAUGUAGGAAAUAACAUUGUACUUUUAUAAAUGCAAAAGCACAACUCAUAACUAUAUUUAACACGUUUUAUGAAAACAAAGUUAGAUAUGGUUAACUUAUUUUUAGCAGCAUGUUUAUUUUGUGGACGCCUACUCUGUGAUAAUGGCUGGUCGUGUUGUAGAAAUUUUAUUUACAGAGUCAACGUGAGAAGUACAGAGUCCAACAUCCUAACGAAAAAUCGUUUACAGGUUAACAAAUUAAUACAUUUUUAAAACGGGUGCUAAUUAUGCGUAAUGCUUGGGUCAGUUCUUGUCUGGAUGCGAGCAAAUUAGAAGAUAAGUACCAUAUGUGCAUGUAUUUUCUGUAGUACUUGAUUUGAUAUAUAGGUCAUGGAGACGUAUUACUCUUUCUUGUUUACAUUGUAACAUUUGAUUCGAAAUUGGGGUAUGGGAAAGUUGAAUUGUAAAGGACUAUAUUUCUGUUGAGUCAGUAGCGUAGCAAAAUAUCACUUUAUUGGCUCACUAGUAAAGCAAUCAUCGAUUUUUGUAUCCUAAACGCAAACUUUCAAAACUACUAGAAUUAGUUGUGGUUAACAAAGGCAACAGAAAAUAGGAUAUAUAGCAAGGUAUAGGGCCUCAUUUUUUACUUAAAUUAAAAUAUAGACGUAAGACCGUGAAACCUAGUUUAGAAAAAUACACAAUUACGAUCAUGAAUGUAAUGCACUAGAGCAACAUGGCUGUCAUGGGAUUUCAGUACAAUCAUGUAUAUAUAUAUAGGGUUUCAGAAGAAAAUUACAGUUCCUUUGUUGGCAUUAGAUACACACAAUAUUUCGAUGACACUUGUGUUAUAUUAUCGUUUAAGUCCGAAUCUUUCCAGUUGUUCCAUCGAAACAAACAGUGGAAAAUCUGUUAACAGCAAACGUUACGUAUGCACUGUUUACCAAGGACAUCUCUUGAAAACAGAUAUUUCCAUUUGUAUAAAUACUCAGAAAAUUGUUUUAAAAAUGAUUUAUAACUAACAAAGCGAAGAUCUCCAGAAUAUGUGAUUCAAUUUCACAAAAAAUAUUUUGAAUAUAUAUUAUUUUGCGGUGAAUGAGUUAGCACUUACAAAAUUUCCUCCGGUAAUCUUAUACUUUCAUAUAUAAAGUUUUGUCUUUUUACUGUUAUUUCUAUCCAUAUGCGGAAUCUUACAGAAGUGAUAGUUUUAUUUGUUUGUUUAUUUGUUGUUUUUUCCAUCAGUUUGUUAUAGUUUUGCAUAUAUUUCUACAAAAAGGCAACAAAAAUCAAAUAGGUUUGAGUAUGACUAAUAAAUUCAUUAACAGUCUUUUAGAAUCCCCAUGGGCACGAAUUGUGCUCCUUUGUUAGCUGACCUGUUUUUUUUUAAUAUUCCUAUGAAGCAGAAUUUAUUCAAAAAUUUCUACGUGAGAAGAAAAAAUCUCUUGCUGUGGCCUUCAAUUUGACAUUUAGAUAUAUCGACGAUGUAUUAUCUAUUAACAAUAGUAAUUUUCGUUCAUAUGUCGAUUCAAUAUAUGCCAGUGAAUUCGAAAUAAAAGACACCACAGAGUCGUCCACUUCUACUUCAUACUUAAAUAUUUUAAACUUUUUUCCUUUCAAUAUUUCAACUUUAUGACAAGCGGGAUGAUUUCAACUUCUCCAUCGUCAACUUCCCAUAUUUAUGUAGCUAUUUUCCAGUAUCACCUGCAUAUGAUAUUUACAUCUCUCAACUGAUUCGAUACGAAAGAGCUUGUUCUGCAUAUGGUCAAUUUUUAAAUCGAAGCAAACAAGUUGAUGGUGUGACUGGUCGACAGGGAAUGCUUACUCCUCCAAGGCACCUGAUCCCACCUCUGGUAUAUCCAGGGGUCCGUGUUUGCCCAACUCUCUAUUUUGUAUUGCUUAUAGGAGUUAAGAGAUUGAUCACUGUCCGUUAUCUUCACCUUUCAUUAUGCUAGUAAAUCAGCAACGAUUAUUGAUAUCGGUCACUAUCCAUUUUUGUGUGAGAAAUCGUUAUCUUGUAAAUCAUUUAUCUAAAUAUAUGUAUAUUUCAGAUGUACUCUCUUUUCUCCUUCCUGAUUAUUCCUAGAUAUUUUGAUGUCCAAUGCCGCCUCGUAAAAAGUCAACCUGAAACACUCGUCCUCUGAGCUGCCCGUUUCACACAAUUAUGAAGAAACAGCACUUCUUCGUAGGAAUCACAUUAAUUUGUGUGCUUUUCGUCGUUAUGAAUUUUUACUCGAGAAAAAAAUCAACAAAUACUGCAAAAAACAUUGUAUUUAAUCCAAACCAAGAAAAAUUAGAAAUGAAAGGCCACCGAGAAGUGGGAACACGGUAUAUAUCAGAAGGUAACCCGUUCGAUCUGCAUUCACAAGAAGAUAUAGACAGCAUUUUUCAAUCGGGUCAUUCUAUCCAAUCAAAAACAGCAGCAAGAUCAACAACAACAACAACAACAGCAACAACAACAACAAUCAAACAGACAACACGACAGACGACUACGAGAACAAAGAAACCAACAGCAAUGAAUUCAUUACAGAAUUUGAAAGUAACCAAAUCAAAGGACGUCGCUUUAUCUGUGUUAAAUACAGACCAAAUAAAGAAGUUAGAGAAAGCUCUUGCAAAAAUAAAGGGAAUGUCCCUAUCAGUGCCAAAAGAUAAAUCAUCAAAACAAUUCACAACUGUAAAAUCUUUGUUAGUGACGAAAGAUAACAAAAUAAAGAAUUCAAUGAGUGAUGUGCGUAUUUACAAUUGGAAUGGUUCCUGGAGCCUUUCUUCAAUGUGUGAUGGGGUGGGGAUGAAUGAUUUCCGGGAAGCGACCCUCAAAACUAUGUCUGGACCGACGCCAAUCUUUGUGUAUUCAGAAACAGAAGACAAAUAUGUGUCUCAUGACAUCAUAAACACGGGGUGGUGGGAGCAUCACCUCGCGGUUCCCAUGGUCAACAUGCUGCAAUCAGACCCAACACUGACUUUCAUGGAUGUUGGUGCCAAUAUUGGCGCUUUUACCUUAGAAAUGGCAAAAAUGGGAAGAAAAACAAUAUCUGUAGAACCUCUUAAAGACAAUGUUCAAAGACUUUGUUGCUCUGUUCAUAAAGGGAAGCUAGGACAUUUGGUAACAAUAAUUGCCAACGCCAUAUCAAACAAACAUCAGCAAGUAACUCUGGGAAAGGACUUAAACAAUGUCGGCGGAACUUUUGUAAAUAAUAAUAAUCCCGUGAAAAUCUCUCAGAUAGUUAUGAAUGGUGAGUACUCGACUCCCGUCAACACAAUAUUAUUGGAUGACAUUCUUGGACUGCCCGAAAAACCAGAACGGGUUGUUAUGAAGAUGGAUGUAGAGGGAUACGAGCAUUUUGUGUUAGAAGGUGCUACGUAUUUCUUCCAACAAGUUUUUGUGAAAGCCAUUUUCAUGGAAUGGACAUAUAGCAAUAAUCCUUCAAUACGAGAUUCGAUAAUCAAGUUUAUGGUGAACAAUAAUUUUUUACCGUAUUCUUUGUCGAUGCACGAAAGUAUAUUAGAAUCGAAUUAUAAUGCAUGGCCUGGGACUGUUGUAUGGAUAAAUAAAACUAAAAAAUAAUUGUGUAGAAAA